AGUCUUGAAAUGGUUAAAUGAGCGGCGUCUCCACCCGAUGCUGUCCAGACGCUGAUGUCUGCAGGUGAUAGUUCACUCCGCACAUCACGACCGGGGCGGUGUCUUUGUCUUACAGCUGUCAAUGAAGUCGCCUGGACACUGUCUUCGCUUCACUCUAAAGAAACAUUUCAUUUGUAACUGAAAGAAAACAAUCGCGUCGAAAUUACUUAGCCGCAAGUGCGCAAGCGCGUGCGCCCGGCUACAGGAUUUCAAGAGUCUCUGGACCUGGACGGAUUUCUCGCAUCACAAGGAGCGUUAAUAGGAAGAAUCAUCGCUCUCCUGUUACAAUCUUGAUUGUGUGCGUUGUAUUCCUCAUUUCUGAGUUUUUUCUCUUCAGAUUCAAGCCUUCGCCUCGUCGUUAUCGAUCAUGGCAUGGCCCUGUAUAACCAGGGCUUGCUGCAUCAACCGCUUCUGGAGUGAGUUGGACAAAGGUGACAUUGCAGUGCCUUUGGUUUUCACGAAGUAUUCAGACGUGGCCGAGGUGCAACAUCUGCACCCUCAACCCAAACCAAUAAUAUCACAGAAGCCGGUCACUACAGAAGCUCAACCUCCCCAUGGCGCUCUGCAGGAGGCGUCGGCCAGAGCGACUCACGCCGCUCCUGAUGCCGCAGCAUCAUCAUCUCAAGAUGGGUCAGGCGCUUCUGUGAUGCGCGAGGAUUUCAAAGCCUGGAGUGUGCGUCCGGAACGAAGCUGCAAACCCAGAAACGACUAUCAGCCAUCAAAGACCCCUUUCAACAACGUCACUCAGUACCAGAAAGAUUAUAAAGCGUGGCCCAUUCCGAAAAAAGGAGACCAUCCAUGGAUUCCCAAAGCCACUUCUGCGGCGCCCUGUAAGGCCGAGGAGGUCAAGUUCUCCAAAAAGGAGCAGGCCACUUCUGAGGUUGAAACCGGUGUGGAAAAAUGUGAGAUUGAGGAAAAGCAGCAUGAAAAAGAGAGUAAAGAAAGGAAAAAGAAGUUAGACAAAAAAGAGCACGAGGGGAACAAAUUGGAGCAAAAUGUUACUGUGGAGGGGAAGGGGAGGUCAGCUGCAGAUGCUCUCAACAGGCAGAUCAAGCAGGAAGUCACAUCUGGAAGCUCAUAUAGGACGGAGUUCAAGGCUUACACAGAUGUCAAACCAGUGAAACUCAUCAAAGCGAAAUCUCAGUACAAACCCCUAGUGGAGGAAAAGACCAACCUGGAGACCAGUUACAGCUCCACCUUUAAAGGAGAGCAGGGCAAACCUCAGGCCACAGACAACAAGCUGAUGGAGCGCCGUCGGAUACGAAGCCUGUACAGUGAACCAAGCAAAGAGUCCAGCAAGGUGGAGAGGCAUAAUUUAUCACUUUCCAAGCCAAAAAAGACAACAAGCCAUAGCAAAACAGUGAAAAAAGCAAAGGAGAAGCCAAUCGCUGGGAGUCAAGCUGCCAAGAAGAAAACUUCAGUGAGCAACCAGGAGCCAAAGCCAGAGGGAGGGGUCACCAAGAAAAGCAAAGAGAUGAUCAACAGACUAGCCGAGGCAAAAGAUUAAGUGCACUUUUGUGUUUGGGGGGUUGAGGAGGCUAUAAUAUGGAAUAGAGGACUCUCAUCCCCAUGUUCAUGACCUUACUCUAAUGGCCUGACUCUGAAAGUGUCUUUACCUAUUGUAGUAGAUCAAGGCUUGUCUGCUUGAUUUGUCUUGACUGUGUGGCCACUGCCCUGUCUAUUAUGAAUCUAUCUUUGCAUUUGCCCCGCAUCUGGCUCCCUUUCCAUGUACAUCAAUAGCUUUCUCUGUGGCAAAGAUGAUUACCUGAUCCUUGUUGCAUGCUGCCUCUGAGCAAAUGGCCAUAAGCCUUAUUAUAAAAGAUAAGGUUUUUGCUUUAUCUUGCAUUGAAAGAUAUUUACUGGUUGUUUCUUUCAAGCAAUCUCAUUUAUGGACUUCAUCUGAAGUAUAUGGACCACUCUAAUUAGAUGCACCAAUAGCAUUGGUUAAACAUUAAGACAUAAUAUUUUUCACUACACAUUCAGAUUAUAGCAAUAUUAUAUGCCUCACUCACGGACACAAGAAUGUCUAAAAAUCUCGAACCGCAUGUUUAAAGAUUGUGUGACAGUGUUACACUGGAAAUUAGCUGGUAGGAGCUUCACAAGUGCACCAUGUUUAGCAAAUGAACACGAUUUAGAUUCAAAAUGAGUAUUUCAGUACUUUCAACAACAGUGCCAGUCACCAGGGGCAUGGUCUCUCUUAAAGUGUGAUUGUUACCUUUUAGUGUAGAGCAUUAUGCUAUAUUUACACACAGCUUGCUCUGCUCUCAAUAAAGCAACAUUCAGAUGCUCAUAUGCUUUAUGCAAUGUAAUAUGGACAAUUUGCUGACCUAGCCCUUAAAAAACUGCCUGCUUUCCUUGCAUUUAAUUUUGAUGAUUGAAUUGGGAAGAAUGCUGCUAACCAUAUGAGGUCCAUGCGAUUGACAGACAGAAGCAUGCCCAUCCUAGUCACCUGUUAAACAUCAUUCUGACCCGAUCUGUUCUGUGAGCGUGGUCUGGAGGGGUGAGAGUGUAAAUCUACAGCCUCUUGGUUCUGAGCUUCUCUUGGGUUGUCCUACACGUGCUGUGCACACCAUUCUGGUGCUAUCCUCAAGCUAUGCUUUCCAUAACAGCUGUGCCUGUAUAUUGAGCAACAUAGGGCCAUCAGAUGUCCAAGUGGUAAUUCUAAGUGUGAUGUGUAUGUUGUGAGCUUGCAUUGAAUGAAAUUGAUUAAAAUCAUUAAACAAAUACAUUUGUAA